AACUGAAUGAUGAAAAUACAAAUUCGAAAUCAAAUGAACAAUGUCUCGGUGUUUGCAAGUGCUGUACUGAUUCCUGGAAUGAGCUGUUAGCUCGAAGAGAGCAACAAUGUCUGCUCGCCUGGAGCUCCUUCAGACUCUGGAAAACCCGCAGCAGACGACCAUCUGGACCGUGGCUUGGAACCCGUCCGGAACUCUGCUGGCCAGUUGUGGGACUGACAAGAAUAUUCGCAUUUGGGGCGAGGAAUCGCCAGGAAGGUAUGUCUGCAAGACGGUGCUGACAGAUGGGCAUCAGCGCACGGUGAGAACCGUGGCAUGGUCGCCGUGCGGCCGCCGACUGGCCAGCGCCAGCUUCGACGCCACAUCGUCGGUGUGGGAGCGACGCGAGGAGUUCGAGUGCGUGGCCACGCUGGAAGGGCACGAGUCGGAGGUGAAGUCGGUGGCCUGGUCCGCCUCAGGCGACCUGCUGGCGACGUGCUCGCGCGACAAGAGCGUGUGGAUCUGGGAGAUCGGGCAGGAGGAGGAGGACGACCUGGAGGUGGAGUGUGCCAGUGUACAGAGCGUGCACUCUCAGGACGUCAAGCACGUCUCAUGGCACCCCACACUGCCCAUCCUCUGCUCAGCAUCGUACGACGACACCAUUAAGCUGUUCUGCGAGGAUGACGACGACUGGACAUGCGCGGCAACGCUCACCAGCCACGAGUCGACGGUGUGGUGCGCGCGCUUCAACACCAGCGGUGCCCUGCUGGCCUCGUGCAGCCAGGACCGCUCGGUCAAGCUGUGGCGUAACGUGGGCGCGCCGAUGACGUCAUCGUCGGCGGCGAUGACGUCGCAGUGGCAGUGCGCGGCGACGCUGAGCGGCGGGCCGCACGAGCGCGCCGUGUACCACCUGGACUGGUCGGCGGACGGUCGCCUGGCGACGGCCUGUGGCGACAACGGCGUGCGCGUCCUCGAAGUGGACGUGUGCGGCGAACACGGCGGCAGCAGUCAGGCGCCGGCGCUGUACGUGUGCGCGACCAGCGAGCAGGCGCACUCGCACGGGCAGGACGUCAACUGCGUGGCGUGGAACCCGAAGGACGCGGCGCUGCUGGCCUCGUGCUCCGACGACGGCACGAUACGACUGUGGCGCUUUCACCCGGACUGAUUCUGGUGCUGCUUGCCUGCAUGCAUUCGACAGGGCUCAUCUGUUCACGCCCUCAUACUGGAAAUCAACAAAUUUUGGCCAGUGAGAACUAUCUGUCCCCCGUGAAUUCCGUUGCAGAAUAUCAGAAAUUCCGUGCAGAAUUCUGCGGCUGAAAACAGUAAAUUCUGUGCUAAUUCUGCAAAUCCUUCCAAAUUCUGCGGCAUUGCUCCAUGGGAAAUGAGCGUGAAAACAGUUUAAAUUUCCGCAACACCACCGAAUUUCAUUGUCUCUAUAAAUUCUGGACCAAAAUUAUUCGAAAUCCUGGUCUAAAAAACUGAAAGCUCCAAAAUGUACCGUGCAAGUAACAUUAGUUGAUUUUGAAAGUCACAAGCGGGUUGGUUUGGCUGUGAAAUACAGCAAAAUCCUCCAGAAAAAGCAGUUUUCUCUCUUUUCUGCAAUAUUCCGCGGGAUUUUCUGAAUUCUGCGGACACUACUGGAUUCUGCGGAAAUUCUGCAAUCCGCGGAAUCGCGGAAUUCACGGGGGAUAUAAGUAUAUGGCCGACCAGGGUUUCAAGAAAGAAUAUCGAUCGGAAUUUAUUUGCAUGUUGUUCUCACAUGCAUCCAUGGCCGGCUUUUAAUCAUGCAUCAUUUGCCUCUAUGACUCUGAGUUUGACAAACUAUUAAAGUUAAUUAUUUGGUCUGCAGUUUA